AUGCAGCUAUGGCUUCUCAUGAUUCUUCUAGUCUCUGUUAUUGAUCUCGUGGAUUCUAGGUUGCCUAGAGCCCGAUUCCGAAGACGCGGCCCGACUGGAUUCUUCUUGGCUCGGAUUCAAAAGCAGUAUGACGACGACUACGACUCAACGGAAGAUUCAGGUUCCAGCAGAAAAAGCACAGUGGACGGUUCCCGACGGAGAGAUGAGGUGGUGAACGAUGCGAAGUGUUUACAAAAAUGUAAUAAUCAACUAAAUAUUGGAAUGGAUAUGGUUAAUGCCCACAUGGCAUUCGGAUCCAUCGACGUCCCUAGUGUCGUGGAGAAACGAGAUUUGGAAAUGUUCUGUAUGCUGGACUACCAACACAGUCAAUGCAUCGACGAGUGCGGCUAUUCUGUACAGUUCAAUCUUCGAGAAUAUGUUUGCCGAAAUCGUUUCCCCGAGAUGUUGCAACAUCUUCCAUGCUACGCUCGUGCCGCGCCAGCCCUCAUCCGUCAUUGUCGUCCAAGAUGUGGAGGUUAUAAAGCUCUCGUACACACUCAGGAUGGCUACUCACAGAGAUGUCGUCAACUUCUUUGCGAUCACACAUGCUCGACAUACAUUCUGAAGAGGUUGUGUCCCGAUGAGACAGGAAUCGCUGCGUCUAAUUAUCUACUAGAGUUUACUAGGUUACAGGUUGAAUACUGGAUGAAAGAUUUCACGAAACAAUCAAAAUCUCGAAUCCCGUUGACUUGUCGAAAAGUGCAAUGCCGAGAUUUCAAAUUGGCUAAUUGUCGCUCAACAGCGAGACGGUACCGAAAACGUGUUGUUGAUAAUUGA